GUAAGUUGGUGGUCGGUAGCGCCUAGUGCCGAAUGCGCCGCGAUCUAUCAUCCGCGUCUCGCGAAACAAAUUUUUGUAGAGUGGUGGGAGUGGUGUGCGGUGAUCGUUUGAAAAUUCAAAUUCUUCGGGACGAUCGCGACGAUACUCGACGAGAAGGCGUUCGCUCGUCGAAAAAUGUCUGGCGAUGUGCAGCCAAGGAAACGGAAGGAAAAACGACGUAAGAAAGAUGAUGAAGAUACUGGGACCCCACCACCUAUUUUGAUCAGCCCAACUGAUACUUCUGCCGAAAAUAUUACUAUUCAUAUUUAUAAAGAGAGCAGCACGGGUGGACAUUGGUGUGCACGAAUUAUAUUUUUCGUUUUAUUGGCUGUUCUCGCAGGAUUAAUUGGCAUAAUAAUUUUUGAACAUAGAGGGACUACAGAUGUUGAUACGCCGAUAACAUCGUCACGUUGGGCAAGUAUAUUUGAAGGCUGGAUAGAUGAAUCGCCAUCCAAUCAUGGCGAUGCAUCGUAUGAGCCAGAAGAAAAGCUGGAAGUAAGCGAAGAAGCAAAGGAGGAAGAGGAGGAGGAGGAGGAGGAGGAAGAGGAAGAAGGAGGAGAAGAAGAGAAAGUAAAAGUGGGCUACGACAAAGAAAAAUCGACAAAAGUUGAAAAAGAAGAUGACAGUAUAGAAGAAAAUACAGAGGAAAUUGGCGACGAAGAAGAAACAAAAGAGGAGGAGGAGGAAGAGGAGGAGGAGGAGGAGGAGGAGGAGGAGGAGGAGGAGGAGGAGGAGGAGGAAGAAGAGGAAGAUGAGGAAGAGAUAGAGGAAGAACGACAAGAAGAAGAGAAAGAGGAGAGAGAACAAGCAAAAGACAAAGAGAAAGCGGAAAAAGAUAACAUAAAAAUUGAAAAGACAGUAGAUGAGAAUCAAAAUAAAAAGGAACAAAAAGAAGAUGAAGAUCGUUCUGAAGAAAUUGACGAAGGAAAUAACAGUGACGAUAAUGUAGAACGAGAACUCUAUGCUACUGGCAUAUUGGAAGAAGUUGACGAAACAAAUGAGAACGAAGAUUUAGACAGGGAAAAUAGUAUGAUGGAUCACCCUGAUAUGGAGCUUGAUGAAUUUAGUACAGAGACAGUUGACGACUCUGCAGAAGAGAAGAAUAAUCACGUUUCUGAGGAAUUCCCAAGCAUACCUGGCGUUAAUGAGAUUGACGAUAAUAGUGCUGAACCUCUAGAAGAGAUAGAAGGUGAAGAGAUUGAAGAAGAGAAUUUAAAUGAUGCAGAUAGUGAAUCCGAAGAAGAAGAAGUUGAAGAAGAACCUACUAGUGUGGCUGUGAAGUUCGGGGUUGGUGUUGCACUUGUUGUCGCUGCACAUUUUGUUCUCGUUAGACGAUGGAAUAACGUUGAUAUUGGUACUUUUCGUUCUCCGCAUGACAUAACCGACAUACCUGAUUUAUCAAGACGUGAUACAAUAAUUUCACCUCCUCACCUUAAGCAAGUAAUUAAGUCUAUUGAGAACGUUGAAAGUAAAACACCUCUACAAGUACAAGUGAAAAAUUAUGAAGAUUUAAGAUCCAAAUAUAAUAAGUUGCAAGAAGAAAAUAUUUCUUUAACUGACUUAACGAAAUUAAUUCCACAAGAUGAAGCAGCACAAGUAACAGAAAGAUGGUCAGUUCAAAGCACAACUAAAGAAGAAGAAAUCAAUAUUAGACAUGACCAAUCUAAGAUAUCAUCUGAGGAAGAAGAAGAAGAAGAAGAAGAAGAUUAUGAAUUAGAAACAUCAGAAGGCGAACGUAUUUCCGGGAUAGAAGAGUACGAUGGAGAACAGAUAAGGAUUAAAGAUGAAGAUGAACAAGAAGCUGGAGAAGAAGAAAUUGAUGAGGAGGAGGAGGAGGAAAUCGAAAAUGUUGACGAUUUAGAAUUAAUAGCUAAACUUGACGCAAAAUAUGGAAAAUUACCUACCCCGCAAGAUAGCGAAGUUGAAGAGGAAGAGGAGGAGGAGGAAGAGGAAGAGGAAGAGGAGGAGCAGGAGGAGGAGGAAGAAGAGGAAGAGAAACAUAAGAUGCCAAAAGAGAAACGUAAAUAACAAAUUAUUAAUGAUCAACAGUAUGAUUUUUUAUAUUUAACAGAACUUUAUAUGUAUUAUGAUUCUAUAAAGUAUUUUACUGUCAUCGUCAUUAGAUUAAACAUUACUAGUUAUAAAUAAUUGAAAUUGAAAAUGUGAGAAUUAAUUAAAAUGUACGUAUAUAUAUACACACACACACACACACACACACACACACACACACACACACACACACACACACAAAUGAUUUUUAUCAAAGAUAUUAGACUAUUACAAGGAUGAGUGAAUCGCGAGAUUCUAUGUUCCACUUAGAAAUAAAAAAAACUAAUCAUCAUCUCACAAGGAUUGAUGUAGUAUAAGUCAAGUUGACUGUAAAAGUAAAGAAUAGAUAUUCUUUAUAAAAUAUAUCACAAAACUUAUUUAAAGACAAAUAUGAUGAAGUAAAUUAUAACGAUAUAUAUAA